AAUACACGAGAUCUUUGGCAUAACAAAUAAAAUUUAUAUGGCCAUUAACAACUUAUUAAGAACAUAAAUCUAAAUAAGGAAACUAGAUUAAUUAAUAUAUAUACAUACAAGGAAACUUGAUACAAAUUUACAAUUAUCCCAUCGUUUCCAACCACAAUGAGUUUCUGGGCUUUCUCCUUUUUAUUCUUCUUCUUCAUGGUUUCUUACGCUUUUUCUGCAGAAGUUGAUGAAUAUGUUCCAGCAGAACAAGACGCUCUGCAGAGACACGUUUCUUUCUUCGAUCGGGAUCAUGACGGGAUAAUUUAUCCUUGGGAAACCGCUGAAGGUAUGAUAGCAAUCGGUCUCAACCCCUUGUUAGCCAAGGCUAGUGCCGCUCAGAUCCACAUGGCAAUCAGUCCUAAAACUAUCGAGAGUAAAUUGCCCGAUCUUAAACUCCCAAUUGUGGUUAAAAAUGUCGUGAAUGCCAAGCAUGGUAGCGACACCGGAACCUAUGAUGCUCAAGGAAGGUUUGUUCCUGAGAAAUUUGAAGAAAUUUUCAGCAAGCAUGCACAUGCACACAGUGACUCUUUAACAUGGGAUGAAUUAAUGGAAAUGCUCAAGGCUAACAGACAACCUAAUGAUUUCCAAGGAUGGGCUGUAAGUUUUGCAGAAUGGAAACCCUUUUACGAUCUAUGUAAAGAUAAUGAUGGAUUGUUGCACAAAGAUACAGUAAGAGCUAUUUAUGAUGGAAGCUUAUUUUCCCAAUUAGAGAAGGGGAGAAAAUAAGCUUUAAAAAAAGCCUAAAUCCACUAGCAUUUUGUGUUACUAGUGAUAUGUUUUCGUUUAUUUUUCA